AUGACUCUCCUGCCUUCCCCUCUCGCUCAGUCCACCUUGGGCGAGAAGUGUGCAUUCUACCUGGACCACGUUACGGAGAACCUCCCGUUCCUGCAGUCCCUCCGCCCUCGAUUGGACCCCAUUCUGACGUACUCGGCCACUUCUCUCCGCUCGGUCGCGCGCGCGCUGCCAUUUGACGCCGACGAACAAACCGCCGCCGUCUGCGCCGCUCUUCUCAUUUGCCUGCUCACCGUUACCGUGAUGAGUUGGACCAACCCCCUUUCCAACCUCUGGCGCCGCUCGCCUAACUAUGCAUCCGCGCCGCAAGUUCGCGACGGCGAUUUCAGUUAUAUCGGACCGGACGAUAUUGUUGACCCGCCUUCUCAAGGUUACAGUGCGAACGCGGAUGAGAAUGAGCCCGAUAUCAUCUGUCUCCGACACCGCGGGACGAUAUACCCGCUCCACUUCCGCGCAUAUGCUAUCGAUGAUGGCGUCCUGUCCGUUGGCGCACUACGACAGGAGGCAGCUGCGAAGAUGGGCGUGAAAAACCCCAACCAGAUCCGGCUGCUAUACAAGGGUAAUCUCCUCAAGGACGACACUCGGCCCUGCAAAUCGGAAGGAUUGAAGCAGCACUCCGAAGUGCUGUGCGUGGUCUCUGAAGUUGGAGCAAACACACCCAGCGACGCCUCCGAUUACGACGGUCGGACUAGUGAUCCCACGUUCCAGCGGCCCGGGUCCUCUUCAUCCCGCGUAGACGGGGAAGAUGAGCCGGUGCGGACGACCAAGAAGAAAAACAAAAAGAAGAACAAGAAGAAGAACAAUAGACCCGCAGGCGGAGAGGAGACGCUAGGGUCAUCGGCUUCCCUUGCCCCUCCGCAACCCGCGUCUGAUCGAGCCCCUACUCCGUUGCAGCCUCCGAACCUGAAGAACCUGAAGACUCCACUGGAACAGGUCGCUGCGCUGGUUGGAUACCUCCAACAGGAGUUGAUCCCGCUUUGUGACGAAUAUGUGGCAGACCCGCCCACCGAUCCGAAGAAGCGGGAAUUCGAAUACAGGAAGCUGAGCGAGAUGAUCCUGGCGCAGAUCAUGCUGAAGGCAGACGGUAUCGAGCCCGACGGCAAUGAGACUGUCCGCAAUGCACGCAAGGCGCUCAUCAGGGAAGCGCAAGCGACCCUCAACCGAUUGGACCAGGCCAACAAGUAG